UUUCUUCGAAGAAUAAUGGGAAGAUGGCGACGUAUUUAAAGCGAACGUCAAAAUUGUUUGAUAUUUCUUUGUCACGACCAUCGAUGGACAUUAGUCUUAGAGAUUUAAUAUGUCCAGUGUGCCGUAGUAUUCUUAUUGAACCAGUAACGUUACCGUGUACACACAAUUUAUGUUUAAGAUGCCUGAAGGGUACAUUCGAACAUAAUAGCUUGAGCUGUCCUCUCUGCAGAGUAAGAGUUGGUUCUUGGCUACGUACAGCGACCAAGACUGAAACAUUAGUUAAUAACGGUCUCUGGGAUCUGAUCCGAACGAAAUUUCCAAAAGAGGUGCAGGACAAAUACAACGGCGAAGACAAAGAUAUUGAAUUGGAUACUGAUUUUGCUACUGCUAAUAAAUUACUCAGCGCAGCUGGAGAAAUUCGCAGAGAAUAUGAAGUGCAACUUCAAAUGGUUGAAGAGGAAAUACAAUGUCAAAGAAAGGCUGAACAAAUGGCCAGUGAAGCUUUGAUUCGCAAGAUCCAAGAGGAGGAUCAGCAGCAACAGUUGGUUCAGUUGGCUCAGGAUCAAUUACUCGCCAAGUCUUUAGUCAAAAAGCAAAUUGUAGAGAAGCAUAAGGAUAUCUCUAAAUGUUACAAUGAUUGUCCUAGUACGUCUAAUAGUUCUUUGCAAACAUCAAAAUUUAAUACAGCUGCUAUGACCGAAGUAAAUGCAUACAGACUGCAGUUUCAUAGUUCAGAGUGUGAAAAAGAGACCCCUUUGGAAUAUCAAGGUGGCGCAGGAUUAAGAAGACAGAAUAUUGCGCUACUAUCUAAGCUGCAUGUGGACAGAUAUGUCUCUAAUAUGAAAAAUGAUCUGUCAAGCGAGUGUAACGACACUAUAGCUAAAUUUUGUUGUCAGAAACCAAUACCUAUGUAUAAUGCCAUAACCAGAACUCUAAAGCAUCAAGCUGUAACAAAAAUGAUAGAACCUUGUACUUCGGAUUGCUCGGUGAAGCCUGCAAAAACUUCCCUGAAGAUAUACGGUACACGAAGCAAAGAGGAAUUACAUGUACCGAAUGACGUUGUAAAUACUAAGAAAAAAAUUUUAGGAGUAGAAGUGUGUAUGACCAUGGGUGACGAUGACGAAAGAAUGGGAAGCGCAGAAAGUGCUGGUAGUCACGACAGUAUCAAUCAAGAAAUCCAUCAUUUCAAGCCGAUCAAAGCAAUGCCUAGAACGCCGUUAAAAAUGUCAACAGAUGGAAGACAAAUAGAUCCGAAGUUAAUUAGAGUGAUUCCUAUCUUGAAAAGAAUGUCCAAUGUGAUACCUAAACCUCCAGCUCAGGCACAUUUGAAACGAAUUAUCGGCUGUUCGUGGAGUGCAUUUCGAGGUAAAAGUAAACAAAGUUACAAAGAGAAAGAAGCAUACAAGGAAGAUAUAGACGGGAUCGAGCAAAAACCUUCAACGUCCUAUAAUCAGUCUCAAAUUAUUCCUAAAAAAUUAACGAAAACUCACAUCCACGACAACAUACAUAAGCUUGAUUUCGUUUCCGAAGUGUCGUUCGACACUAAUAAGAAUUGGGUGUGUAAAUCUAAGCGUCAAAGAAAUCUGUGGACGAAAAAAGAUGUGAGAACUCUGCCGAAUGCGAAAUAUACAGAUGAAAAUGAAACCAGAAAUUCAACAUCUUCGUCCGCUUCUGUAAAGCUUAGUUCACCCUGUGACGAGGAUUUAGAGGUGCAAGCAGACGAUGAUAUAACGAUGGAAAACAUCGCGGAAAGAAUAAAGAGAAGGAGGACGAACGUGGAUAAGAAGGAUUCGAAUGGAAUUUCCUCGUUGAAUUUGGAGUCGGAGGUGACCGCGAAAAAGAGUACAAGAAAGCGAUUGUGCAGGAAAGAGGACCUCGGAUACAAGAUAACGGGCGACGUUCCAGUUAUGGUGCAAAAGAGGAGUAGAACCAAGUGCAUUAGGAAUAAUACCUUGUCGAAAUCGAAACAGCGAAGAGUAUGCCGAUCGAAACAGUCCAGUACAGAAAGUUCGGAAAAAAGCGACGCAUCGUUCAGUUCGAAUUGCAACGCGACCAAUUUCGGUUCGAGGAAAGCGACACGAAAGUCGAGACACGGGAACGGUUCCUCCGUGAUCAGCGAACAGGAUACGAUGUAUGGGAACGUGGAUGACGGGAAUUACAAUUCGUCGGAAUCUUGCAGCGAGCUGCACGAAAUCGUGUCGGAUAAUAACAAUACUACCGAAGUGGAAAUGAAUAUAGAGGGCAAUGUUCUGUCGGACGAGGAUAUCAUUAAAGAACAGGAACGAAUGGAGAGACUGGUUAUACAGGAGAAAGAAGAUUUCGAGCUGGCGCAGCGACUACAGGCAAAAUUCGACGAGAUGGAGCGAAUAGCCGGUCGUACCAGACGAUCAAGGAAAGCGAUCGAAAGUGAAACGGUCCACUUAGAUUUAUACAAAAUCGACGUUGGCCGAAGUGUACAGAAAACAAUUGAUUCGCAUACUGCCAAAUCAACGACCCACAAUCUUACCGUGAACACAGAGGCUAAGAAACGCGGCAGGCCUUCGAAACGUGUGAAGUAAAAUAAGAUUCUAUAUCGGUCAUUUGCAUCUGAACCGCGAAACCUCCGAACGGAUGUUCCUAUAAAUUGUAAAGGAAAAAACGAGAAAAAAGAAAAAAACGAGAAAAGGUUUGAAUUUCUUCUUGUACAAUACUUUAUGUAUCUUAAUCGAAUUGUUUGCGUGGCAUCAAAUACGUACCUGGAUAUGUUAAUGCGAAACAUAAAAGAAACAAAAAUGAAGCAAGAGAUAUUGAAUCGUUACAGAAAAAUCGUUCAGCGACACGUGUAUAAACGCGCACGCGUUUCGGAAUAUUUUCCGGUUCGAUUUACCAUUCGAUGCUGUACGUCGAAGCAAUUAUACGCCAGGAAACUAGCUUUCUUGGAAUAUUUUACAAUUUUUUUUUUUUUUUAUAGUGUUCUUAGGCGAAACGGUAAACGAUAAGAGAAACAGAUGCGUCUAUCAUAAACGAUGGGAUGUAUAUACGAGAUUAAAAUUAUAGCUUUAAAAGUCACUCCGUUUAAACGUGAUGAAGAAAUGCAACAGUAUUUUACCGUUUCGUCUCGU